AUACUAUACACAAAAUUAAAAAUACUGAUGCCUGUCAUACUUUGGUGAUAUUGUCGAGCUCGGAGUUAAGGAUAAUGGUGAUUGCGACUGAUGCGACCGACCAAGGAUCGGAAGCGCACUUAGUGGGCGUUUUUGUUUUGACUUCUUUGUACUAGGGCUGGAUGGCAAUGGAAGACUCAUUUGAUUAGGUUUAGGGUGCUUUAAAUCUGGUGCCUUAUUCUGGUUAUUUACGGUUGCGCGAUAAACGUAAAUUACACCAUUAUCACUACCACCAACAACUAACGCCUCAUGGUUUUGACGCAGAAUAGCCGUACACUUUAUAACUUCAGGUGUUUGCCAUAAGUCAUAACCGGAAACGCUAAUAUUGGUAACCUCUUUCUUGUUUAAUGCUGAGUUUAUUGGCCAAACAUAAAUAUGCUUGUCUUCGCUACCAGAGCUUAUCCAACUUCCAUCAUUCGAUGGCGUAAUACUCAUCUGCAUCGAUCUGUUUCUGUUACCUGAUAAUCAUGUAAGUUGAGCUUAAUCAAUUAAAUGAUACCAACCUUUGAACUUUGCAACGACCUUCAUUGAGUCCAAGUCUAUCAUAUAUGCUCUAUUAUCGGCGUUUGUAACCAAAACAUAAUCGCCAGCUUCAUUUGGUACAACCUCAAUACCGACAAUCUUCUUGCUAGAGGCUGUCUUUCUGCUGGCAUGGCAAUCGUUAUGAUGGCUAUUCUGUUGAUGGGAGUGGUGGUACAACUGUAUGGUUUUCUUAUGGUCAAGACCUUUAUUGGUGUAGGUGAAAACAUCAAACUGUCCAGUGAGACCACCGGUCAAGAUAUACUUGCCACUUUUGUUGAAAGCACAUGCCGUAAUAAGUUCUGAUAAUCUUGUCGAGAAAACAGCAACUUUCUUAGGGAUCAGCCAUAAACGUACCGUAGCAUCCAAACUUGCGCUAAGGAAAUAUCUGUCAUCUUUAGGAUGGAACUUUGUUGAAGUAACUAUGUCUGAAUGUCUGAAAGUAGCCAAGGCUGUAUUUCUAUCAGGGUGCCACAAUUUCACUGUCUUAUCAAGACUUGCGGUGAUCAAGAAGUUAUUCUUACUCCAGUCCAAACCACUAACACCUGUUUGGUGAUCACGGAAUUGCUUAACGUUGUAGUCAUCGAAAGAUCUCCCAUCUUUUGUCAGAUUGUGUAUUCUAACAACGCCAUUGAAGUUAGCGGAAGCGAGGUGCUUUCCAUCAUGACUGAACUUUAUGUCAUAAAUUGCAUCCUCAUCAUCGUAGCUAGCUGUACGAUGAUUUUCAGGACUUGAAUUUGGUGACGUCGGUCUUGACGAUGCCUGGAUUUUCGCACGCUGUGCUAAGGAGGAUGGCAAAGCUGAUAAUUUUGCGAGUGGUGGGCAAAGCGUCUGCUGUAUAUAUAAACGCUGGAAUACUUUGUUUGGCUGUCUAUGCGAGUGUAUACGGAUGUAUUGUGGGAUGCCGUCAAACGAAUGUCGUCUAGAACCAACUGAAGGAGGCGUAGUAGAGCCCUUAACCUUAUUCUUAAAUAACUUUCCAAAAAUAUUCUUAUGUUGGCCGUUAGUAUAGCUGUUAGGUAGCGUUAACGACUGUGUCGGAGACAUUGACGAGUCGAAAGGCGGCAUGUCGUCACUGUAAUCUGGAGUAGAGAGCUCUCUGUUAUUCAAAGAGCUGGCUUCAUUUGAGUCUGUGGCUGUAUCGUUUGUGCUUUCAUUGUUCAGUUUGUCAGGGUUAUCGGGAUAUCUAGUGUCGCUAUCGGAUUGACCGUCUCUAGUAUCUUUGUUGAAUUGUUGACUACCGUAACUAAAUAGAUCGUAUAGGUAAUUCAUCACAUUUAAUGUUUUAUUGAUGACUGUUCAAGGAAAAGUUGUCGGUCAUCUCUAGGCCGGUCGACGAGACACUGACUAAUACACCGCCCGCCCGUGAAUAUUUUAAUACAGUCAUUAUUUAGUCCAAUUUUUUUAAUUAGCUAUAAUCAGUCCACUUUCUGACGUACCCGCCUUCUCUCUUGGAAGGAAUAUGAAAUCGAGCGCUCGGAAGCUCUUAAAUAGACCUUAUACGCAACUGGAUAACCUCUCCAAUCGUCAAUCUAGACUCACGAAAUCUGCUUUCGAUUCACAGCGAAAAUCUGCCUUAAAGGUUAUAAAUGCAGCAGUAACUGGUCAUACAUGGGGGUUAAAGAAAUCAAACGGUUUAGAUUAUUCUAAUAACCUCUCUGGCGAUUUCAGCCCUAUAAAAAUCAAUCCUUCCGACAAAGAAAUUUGGUUUGAAAAGCACACCACUCGAGAUGUCCAAUCCGGUGAUUUUCUUUAUAUACCAAAAUUCACUCAAUACGGUGUUGGUCUCGCCACAGACAUCAUAGACGGACGUAAAGUUUGGUGGUGUUUGCUAUCUUCGGGUGCCAUAGUAGCUUAUCCGGAGCAAGCAGUCGUGUAUUCAGCUCCUUUGUUUAAGCAAGGCGAAUUGAAACGCACAGAAUUAUUCAGAGCUGUUGAACAAAUUAAGAAAAAUCCACUCGCUCAACAUCACAUAUACAACCCAGAGAAUGACAGUUAUGCACUCCUUAAAUCUAAGCUCGUCUCAAGGUUCAAAAGAAUGUUAUUUGACGUUGAGUCAACUCUAAGACAGUAUACUCUUGAUUUUAGUAAGGUUUUUGAGAAAAUUAGAGACAAAAGUGACACAAAGUGGAGGGAAUAUGAUAUUAUUACUCUUUUACAACGUGAAUUUAAGAUACAUAAUCCAAGUAGAUUGCAAAUUAUGGCAUUUCACAUGAUGCUCUAUAGAAACACAACAGAGUACAAUAUGAUUGAUAACCAAGCGGCUAUAAAAGAAAUGAGGUUCAGUGUAAGGCCGAAAGUUGAAGUUGAGAUUCUCCGCCUGGUGAAUGAGUGGAUGAACACAAAAGAAGGCCGUGAAAUACUAAUCAGUUUUGUUGAGAAGAGCAGAGGUUUGUUAAAAUUGUCAGACUCAAUCAGUAAAGAAACCGGAGUGAUGCCAAAAGCCAUAACGGAUAUACCCUCUACAUUGAAAUACGAUGAACGAGAGAAUAUAAUUAUUAGACUCAUCACAGAUAGUUGUCAAACGCUCAACACACCCGCUUUCAAUCCUUAUGAGUCAGUGGUAUGUGUACUCCUCAAGAAUUUUGACAAAUACCAUCACGUAAACCAAGAGAAUUGGCGGUCAUUAUCGUUUGAUUUCCUCCAAACUAUUGGCUUGUUCGCGCCCUGGGAAACAAUACACAUGGCGGGUAGCACAUCUGUAGUGCCUCGCGACAACGAUCCAGAUAGCCGCUUCAAAUUACUCGGUGAUAUAGCCAUGAAAGAGCACAAUUCGAAUGGAAGUACGAGCCUUCACGUGAAUGACUUGCUCGAGAAUCAUCGCCGAGAUUUUUCGAAGCUGCCUGUGUACGUUAUAGAUGAUGCUGGUGCAAAUGAGCUCGAUGAUGGUAUGUCAGUUGAGCCUACUGAUAAGGACGGAAACACUUGGGUCCAUGUGCAUAUUGCAGAUCCAACUUCUGUCAUACCAUUUAACCACCCACUGUCAAUAUUAGCUAAGGAACGCCACACUUCGGUAUAUCUCCCCCACAGGACUAUACCGAUGUUGCCAAAAGAAUUCUGUAUGAGCAACUUCUCCCUUGGAAGCAGAUCACCGCAGCAGGCGCUCACUUUCUCUGCUCAAUUGGAUGAUAAGGGUAGAAUAAGAAAUUACGACGUCUCUCCGUCAUUUAUCAACAACAUCAAAAUAAUGCAGUAUAAUGCAGUCGAUGAAGUAUUGGGAGCAGAUGCACUCCAAAAUGAUAACAGAUUACUGGACAAAUCACCUAAUAAGGCAUCAAAUACGAGUAUAUCAACCGAAGAUAUAGAUACACUUGGACGCGUAUCACAGCUCGCCGUUCUUCAUUCCACUCGAAGAGUAGAAAAUGGCAUGUUGUUUUGGCACACUUUCACACCAGAAGCACAGGUUACGCCGCUUCCAUUGCCUACACCACCAUCUGAACUGGCAUUAUGGGAUGGCCGGCCGUCCGUAAAACUGCUAGCUGUACCCAACGUACAGCAAUCUCCAGCAAGAUUUGCAGUGUCACAAUUUAUGAGUAUUGCUUGCGAAGUCACUGCCUUAUGGUGUCGUGACCAUGAUGUACCUGGUAUCUUUCGAGGGGCAGGUCUUCCAGAAGUGAAUGACCCCUCCAGUCUUGAGGAUCUCAUGGGAAAACGCGAUAUUGUCACUGGUGUAGUCAGCUCAGCUGAUGUCGGGAAGAGUAUGGCUUCAUUCUCUGGCAGCACGCUCAGCACGAAACCUAUACCACAUCUGCUAAACGGCUGUCCAGAUGGAUAUGCUCGUGUCACUUCACCUCUUAGACGUUACAACGAUAUGGUUUCUCACUAUCAAAUCAAAAGUGCCAUCUUGAGUAUACGUCAACCAAGGGAUAAGAUCAGUUGGAUGUAUCCAACACAUGACUCACUUGCUCAAUAUCUCAUACGAACGAAGCAGAAUGAUAGCAUUUAUCAGCGUUUAUCCAACAAUGUUAAUGCUUAUUGGGUCGUAAGGGAGUUGAAAAAGCGUUAUGAAAGCAAUCCAAGUCUUUUUAAGGAUCUUAGAUGUACGCUCAUUUCAGCUUGGAAAAACGACGGUGCACUUACAAGAAGCUUCGCUGACUGUGAAAUUGCUCAGCUAGGCGGUAUGAAAGCUCGGAUAUACAAAGAAAAUAGUGUGUCACAAGAAGAAUCCUUCAAAGAUAUAGGCAAUGUCGUAAGUGCCUCAAUCGCUGAUUUCCAAUUAUACGAGAAAUCCCGCAUCAUCGUCAAGAUGGAACUGUAAAAUCAUUUAUUUAUUCAAUUUUCUGCUUUAGAACUCGCAUUUUUCUUCUUGUUCUUUCUCUUUUUAGAUGGACCCUG